AUGCUAACAGCCGUCUGGAACCGGCCUCUGGAGCUGCCUGAUGGUCUGCCAAUACAAUACCGUAUACAGAUCUCAUUCGAGGAUACUCGAAUAUGGAACUUUGAGGUGGCAAACACGAGCGAUGAACAUCUCGAGGUGCCACUACCUCUGGUGUACGGCUGCAAGACACAGAUGCUUCGUGUGACGCCACACAUUGAUGGCAACAUAGGGCAGACGACAGUUCUGUCCUACCUGGAGCGGCCUGGUGAGGAAGACUGA